GCUACUAAUAAAUACCAACAGUUCUCCCCAAACUCAUUUUUGCGCAGAAUUUUUCCAAUCAUGUUUGAAGUUACAAUGACAGAGACGAAGCAGGCGAAUGGUACCACCGAAGUCGAAAUUGAGGCACAUAUGAAUGGCGACGCUAUGGAAAUGGACCAAGUCGCAACGGCUAUCGACGCUGUAGCAGACGACAACACGGGCAGACCGUCCGUCAACGUGAAUAAACCUACACCGUAUACCUUCGAUCUCGGUAAUCUCCUCGCCUUCGACCCAAACCCUCUACCACAUAACAUUGACGAAGAUGUACUUGCUUCUACUGCGCGCGACUGUGCGCAAGUUCUCAUAAAUCAACUUCUUACCACAUGCCCUAUCCAGUCCACCUCCGAGGGCGUACUACUUGACCUUCCUGCUCCCUCAACACCAAUUCCGCGCGAGAAGCCUGUUCCUAAAGCGAAGGAGCCUACGAAGUGGGAGUUGUUUGCUGCCAAGAAGGGCAUCAAAGAUAAGAAGAGGGACACCAAGAUGGUGUUUGAUGAGGAGAAACAAGACUGGGUACCGAAGUGGGGUUACAAGGGCAAAAACAAGGAUAUGGACGAACAGUGGCUCGUAGAGGUUGAUGAGAAGAAGGAGGCGGAGACUGGCGUCGCGCACGAUGCGCGGAAAGAGGGCAGAGCCGAAAGGAAAGAAAGGAUGAAGCGACAAGAUAGGAGAGAACGGGCCAACGAAAAAAGAGGCGCCAAGAAGGUCUGAAGAAAGUUAUCACAGACAGGUAUCUCUUGGCAUUGAAUUCAUGAUUGAACAAUAUGUUAUAUUGGCGUUGGGAGGGCUUCCAUACUUCAUAGUAGAAGCAUAUACUAAAAGCGUGGGUCCAUUAGGCACGGUGUGCAUUGGUUGGGCGUUCAGACUUUUGUAGACGGCUGUUCAUGCCGGAACAAGAUCGUAUACUGCAGAUAAAUGCGUAACAUGUUUUGUAACUUGAUGAAGCUACCUAGUGCAGCUAUGCAUUCUGUCAGGAAA